AUGAAGUUCCUCACCCUCCAAGCUAUAACCUUUUUCUCCACCCUCACUGCUGCCUUUCCCCUUACCCUUCUCUCCCGAGACUUCUCCUCAACAAUCCAAAACGACCUUACCAACGGCUCCCCGUGUAAAAAGGUCUCCCUCAUCUUCGCCCGCGGCACCACUGAGUCCGGUAACAUGGGCAGAGCCGUUGGUCCUCCCCUAGCCACCGAACUUGGCAAGGCGAUUGGGGGCGCCGCGAACCUCGCUGUCCAGGGCGUCGACUACGCGGCUAGUUGGGCGGGGGCGCUCCAGGGAGGCGAUGCGGCGGGGAGCCAGAAGAUGGCGCAGUUGACGCGGGAUGCGGUCGCCAGGUGUCCUCAAACGCAGGUUGUGCUCGCGGGAUAUAGCCAGGGGGCGCAGUUGGUGCAUAAUGCUGCGAUGAUGCUGGAUACUGCCACGGCGAGCAAGAUCAAGGCCGUCACCGUCUUCGGCGACCCCAAGCAGAAGGAGCCUGUUGCCAAUGUCAACCAGGCGAACGUCAAGAAGUACUGCCACCAGGGCGACCAGGUCUGUGAGGCAGGGACUGCGGUCAUCACGCCAACACACCUAAACUACAACAUUGAUGCUCCAGAUGCGGCUGCCUUCAUCAAGGCAAGGGUUGUGGUUUAA